AUGCCUGCCCAGCCGAUCAUCCAUGGUGCGGAGCAUCGCGUUGGCUGCGACGCCGCCCGAGCACACCAAGCUGUCGACCUGGACGUUUCUGAGCCGCAUCGCGAGCUGGAUUUUCGUGACCAUGUGCUGGAACACCGUCUGCACGAGACGGUAGCCGGCGCGGGCUUUUUGGGCGUCGGUCAGCGCUCCGUCGGGAAAGUGCCUCGACAUGUUCGUGCGCACCUGCGAGACAAACGAGCCAAACGAGUACGCCAGCAUGUUCUUGCGGCCGGGAACGUUGAGCAGCGGCUCUUUGAUGUCGAAGUCGACCGGCUGGCCCCAUUCACGGCUGUGCUGCUCCAAAAACGCUGCGAGCUCCUUGCCGAUCAUAUUCCCGCGAAACCCGAGCUCGCGGCCGCACUUGUCGAGCGCGUCGCCCGCGGCGACGUCGAUCGUGUCGACGAGGAUCUCGUGGUCCACCAGGCCGCGGCUCAGCACGCACAUGGUGUGGCCGCCGCUGGCCAUGAGGCUGAGGAACGGGAACUGCGGUUUGUGGCCGUUGGACGCGAGCCGCGGCGUCAGCAGGUGGCCCAGCAUGUGGUGGACGCCCAAGAGCGGCACGUUCCACGCGAUACUGAGCCCCUGCGCCAGCUGGUAGCCGCCGACGAGCGAGCCCACCAUGCCGGGGCCACGGGUCGCGCAGACGAGAUCGGGCCGGUCGGGGCCUGUCCAGUGGUGUCUCGCGAGCAGCUCGCGCGUGAGCACCGCCACCUGCGUCCUGUUGUGCACUGCCGCGUCCGUGGGGAUCACUCCGCCGGCGUGCGCAGAGUCCAAAGUGUGCUUGCUCUCCUCGACGACACGGGGCGGCUGCGCAGGAUCGAACCUGUCGAGCAGCGCCACACACGCGUCGUCGCACGACGUCUCGAUCGCCAGCACGCGGUACGUCCGCGCCUGGCGCCAGCAGCGAGACACUGUCCUCAGUUCUAG